GAAAGUUAGAAGUGUCAAAGCGAAGAGGAAAUAAAAUAAACACGACGGCCGGUGAUAUAACCUCACAGUUUAUAGAUAUUUUAUUUGCAUAAGUAUUUGCUGCUAAAUGUUCACUUCUAACGCGGCCAUGCAUUCAUAAACCUUCCAUGUGGCUGAAGUAUAAAUGUGUGCAUAAAGGUGUGUGCGUCUAUCGCUGCCAGCAACAUGGACAUGGACACUGAAGUUCAAAGGCAGGAGAGUGGAGAGGAAGAUGAGGAGAAGAAGAAGUGGAAGAGGCCUCCCUCCAGCUAUGGUUCAAUGAAGAGUGACAGUGAUGUGAUGGAGGAUGAGGAGGGAAAUGAUGAAGAAGUUGACAAGGUCUUCUCUCUCCCGUUUCCGGUGGUACCACCUGAAUCGACUACUCACGAUGGGACAAGGUUGCAGAUGAUUCGCUCAGACUCUCCAGAGACCCUCUACACCAUGACCACGCAGCAGACCAGACCCCCGGGAGCUGUUGUUAUUGAAACCAGGUCUUCUGAUCUGGGGGAUUAUUUAGAAGAUGACCACCUGGAGGAGGAGGAGGAUGAACUUUUGAUUACUAAUUCCCCAGAACCACCUGAGCCUGUUGAACCAGAAGACACAAUGCAGACUGAUGAGAACAGCCAGCCAGGCAGACUUCACCCAGAGCAGGACCUGCCCCAUAUAUUCAAGAGUAUCCAGAGUACUUUGACACAGCUCACUGAGGAAGAGCUACCAAUAUUUAAGGUGUGCUUUUACAAGUGGGAAUCAAAGAUAACUCUACCACAGGUGAUGGAUGGAGACCUUCUUGAUUUUGUGGACAGAAUCCUGGAGAUACUUGGCCAGGAUCGUUCCCUGUUGCAUACAAUAAGUACUCUAGAAAAUGUCAACAAGAAACAAGAGGCAGAGGAACUAAAGAACAAGUGCAACAGAGCGUUGAUCCGUUUUCGCCUGAAGCAGUAUUUGAUCGGAAAACACCAUAUCAUCCGUGAGGGGGUGGUUCGAGCUGGAAAGCAGAAUCUUCUAGAAAACAUCUACAUUGAGCCCCAGAUUACGACCUGUAGUUACGGAGGAGUUGACCCCUCCCAUGAAAUCCGACCCCAUCCUCCGUCACCUCUCCAGGUCCCCAGUGCCGACACCUCCGUGGCUUUGAACAAUCUGUUCCGACUACAGACGGGUGAUGACAAGCCGGUGAGGACGGUGGUGACCACUGGGAUUCCAGGAAUGGGUAUGACUGUCUCUGUGGGGAAAUUCUGCCUGGACUGGGCAGAACUGCGCGCCAAUAAGGAUCUGCAGUUUGUUAUCAAACUCUCAUUCCGAACCUUCUGGCACCUGCGGAAAAAAGAGCCUCCUCUUUCAGGGAACAUGUCCGUCAUGGAUCUGAUAGAAUAUUAUCAUCCUGAGUGCAAAGACAUGAAAUACCUGGAGGAAGAGGACUGUAGAUUUCUCAUCAUAAUGGACUCAUUUGAUUGUUACCAAGCCUCUCUGGACUGGGAGAAUGCUCCAGUGAUAAAUGACAAUUACACCAAAGCACAUCCAGACGUCCUGAUUGUUAAUAUCAUCCGAGGUACUGUGCUUCGUGGUGCUCGCAUCUGGAUCCUGGGGAGACGGGCUGCUGUCUCACAAAUACCAUCUCAAUACAUAGAUGCUGUCACAGAAAUACAAGGCUUUAGUGAUGAGAAGAAAGAUAAUUUCCUGACACUGCGCUUUUGCGAUGCAGAGCUAUCGUCGAAGAUCGUGGCGCAUUAUAAGCGCCUGCCGUCACUCAGUAUACUAGCUCGACAGCCCUUUGUUUGCUGGAUGGUGGCCACAGUGUUCGAGCGCUGCUACCGUUAUCAUGGCUAUGGGGUGCACCCCCCCAGGCUGACGCCAUUCUACAUCAACAUUAUGAUUGUCCAGACCAAUCGCAGGCUGCAGUUCUACUGUGGAAAGGCGGACAAUGAUCUGAAAUGGUCCAGUGAUGAAAGGAACCUGCUCACCAAGAUGGGGAAGAUGGCCUUUAAGAUGCUGGGGAGGAACGCCAGUGUGUUCUCUGAAGAGGACGUGAAGGAGUGCGGUCUGAAGUUGACGGAGGUGACGGUGUUCUCCGGUCUGAGCACUGAGCUCCCCGCUGCAGCCUCGGAUGGGAAGAGAACCUUCUGCUUCAUACACUUCAGCUUUCAGGAGUUCAUGGCCGCUCUGUACGUCUUCAUAAUGUUUCGCACAGAGUCCAAGAACAUUCUGGACUCCGGGUUGUUGCACAUGCCCAAGUUCACCUUCAAGGAUCAGACCAAAUCAGCAGCCGGCCUGGUCCAGUGUGCCGUGGUGCGAACCCUCGCCUCCCCGUUUGGCCACUAUGACAUGUUCUUGCGCUUUCUGUGCGGCUUGCUUUCCCCGGACUGUCACGACAAUCUGCUGCGGGGGUAUCUCUACCGCCACAACGCGCCAAAGGUGGGCGGUCUGGAUGAUGCCAAGCGGCUGCUCGAACAAACAAUACUGACUGCUGAAGAAAACAAUAGAGACCGGGUGGAAAACUUUAAGGAGUGUCUCAGAGAAAUGACCCAGGAAGAUGAGUAGGUUUGGUGUCAGAUUGCAUCAUGAUAAUGUGUCACUUUACAGAUAUGAUGGAUAAAAGAGAAGUACCAUUGCAGCUGCGUUAUUUUACAGAGAAUUCAUGAGUGAUCAAAGUGUGACGCUCAAAACACUCAACAGAUUCAGAGAUAUUUUUUGUGUCAUUUAUGCUUUGAUAACAUUAUAUUUUAUAUAAUAGGCUUUGUUUUUAUUAGGAAUUUAAAGAUUCUGUGUCAGUAAUGCUUCUGCGCCAGACAAAUUCAAAUCUGUUUUCUAUCAAAUUUCUAUGCAUUCUAGCACAGUGGACUUUAUGCAAUACUACAUUAUGUCUGACAUGUCUUACAAUGAGCACUAAUCCAAAUGCUUUCUGGAUUUUAACUUAUCAAGCUGUGAUUUUUUUGCAUUUAGAAAUGUUGAUCUAUGUUUUCGUCAUCUGAGCAGAUUGAACAGACAACAGACAAAUGAAAUGUUUACAUGUUUGAGAUUUGUGAAAUGUAAACUAAGCAGAAGAUGUGAUGACACUUGAAGAAAUCUGACUUUGUUGAUUUUCAGUAACCCUCAUACUACAUUGUAAAAUGAAACCAAUGUGCCUGAUCUAUUUAUAUACAGGUGAAACCAUGUAACGCAUUAGCAUUCAAUUACUUGUGACAAAACACCAAUUUACUAUUUAGAUUGAUGGAGGACCCGCAAGGCCACAAAGAGGAGAGCUCAGAUUUUAAAUCUUGUCAAUGGGAGGUGUGAGUGAGUUUAAAAAUGGCUUCUGGGUAAAGAGUAUUGGUACGAGUGAAUGAUGAGCUUUAUUUUUAAAGCUACUACGAGUAACUUUCAUUUUGUGUUGAUUUUGGCGGUCCCUGUUGACAAAAACAGUAGGGUUUCAGAGCAGCAGGGUCUCUUUAGAAAACCCUAAUUUUUUCUGACAGUCUUCCCUGCUCAGACGUGGUUCUGGUUCUGGAUCUCCCGUGACUCUUCCUUUUAGUUGGCCCAGCAAUACAGCCCGGGCCUCCAGCAGCGUGGUGUCUGUGUUGGCUCCCAACAGGGGACCGGCGUAGCAGGAAGGCGUAGGCCUGCUGAGGAGUCCUCCAGUCUAGUAGCAGCUGAUGACGGGGGCGGAGCUCUUCAACACACGCUGGAGCUCCGACUGCAGGUCGAAGGUGGCAGCAAAGCCAAACCUGGGUCUCUCCGCGGCGGGCUGGUCGCUGAGGAAGGCCCCACUGGAGUUUGAGCUGAAGGAGUUUCUGGUGAAUUCGCAUGCCGUAAAUCGUUUUGUCAGAUUUUUGCAGGGAAUCAGACCCGAUGACGAGCAUUAAGAAUUGCUAUAUAGAAAUGGCCAAUAUUCUCGCUGAUGGUCUUGUUUACUUAUGAAUGUCAUAUAGAGGCAUCAUUAUUAAUUUGAGACCGUUUCAGAACCACUUCAAAGUUUCUUUAAAUAAGCUUUAAAUCAUAGUGUGUGUAUGCACGUGUCUGCUUAUCCAUCUUCGGGUGCAUUUAUGCUUUUUGUACUUUUUUUAUUGGUUGGUUCUUCUCUCUGCUGAGAGUACUCAGCAGUGUGGACUAGUAGUUAUAUUAUUGCCGAAGAUAAUAAGGACAACUAAAGGAUGAAUUCCAGCAAUGAACUUGUGUUUUCUUGGUGAGAAGGCAUUUUGUGUUUGUGAAUGUGUGUGCAUGUCCCUGACAAUAUCAGAUCAUUUCAGGUAAAUACAGACCAUUGUUUAGGUGGAUGUGUAUAUAUUGUGAACAGUUACUAAACUCCUGAUGGACUUAAUUUACAUUGCAGUCCUGCACUCUUACUACCAAUGGAGUGGUUUCAGUAAUUUUCUUUGUAUGCACUUUUAAAGUCAUGUGACAUCCUCAACACUGGAUAUAUAAGUUGUUGGCACAUUGCAUCAUUAUUAGCAAGCAUGUAUAAACCACAAUAGGUAUGAAAUGGGUGAGAUAAUGUGUUUUUUAUUGGAUAAAUUAUAAUAAUAAUGAACAUGAAUCUACAUUACAUUACUUACAAAAUUGGUUUUACAGGGAAGAAAAGCAAAUCAGUUGUUAGAAAGGGGAUACAAGUACAAUACAAAAGGGAAUGCAAAAAUCAAUAGCCCAAAAUAUUCCAUGAAAGUUAUUAUCGAAAGGAAUAGUGGAAUGAUCCUUUUAGUUUCCAGAUCCCCAUCUAGUCGUUAUUUAAUAUCCGCAGUGGUUCAUAUUCAAGGCAAGUCAUUCAUUCAAACCUGGAAAUAAAAAAAUAAA